AUGCCCCCCAUAUCAGCAGGAACCAAGGAGCCAGAGUUCGACCCCCGCAAGCACAAUCAGUCCAGCGAGGCAUUAGGCUCUCCUAUAAGUCCGUUGAGUCAGUCCAGCGAGGCAUUAGGCUCUCCUAUAAGCCCGUUGAGUCAGUCCAGCGAGGCAUUAGGCUCUCCUAUAAGCCCGUUGAGUCAGUCCAGCGAGGCAUUAGGCUCUCCUAUAAGUCCGUUGAGUCAGUCCAGCGAGGCAUUAGGCUCUCCUAUAAGUACGUUGAGUCAGUCCAGCAAGGCAUUAGGCUCUCCUAUAAGCCCGUUGAGUCAGUCCAGCGAGGCAUUAGGCUCUCCUAUAAGCCCGUUGAGUCAGUCCAGCGAGGCAUUAGGCUCUCCUAUAAGCCCGUUGAGUCAGUCCAGCGAGGCAUUAGGCUCUCCUAUAAGCCCGUUGAGUCAGACCAGCGAGGCAUUAGGCUCUCCUAUAAGCCCGUUGAGUCAGACCAGCGAGGCAUUAGGCUCUCCUAUAAGCCCGUUGAGUCAGACCAGCGAGGCAUUAGGCUCUCCUAUAAGCCCGUUGAGUCAGACCAGCAAGACACAAGGCUGGGAAGCCGUCGACAGCAGCUGA